UCGCCCUCUCUCUCGCGGCUGCGAUGGCGGCGGCGGCGGCGCUGCGCGGGGAGCUGGCCCAGGCCGUGGCUGGCGCGCGGCUGCUGGUGGUGGGGGCCGGCGGGAUCGGCUGCGAGCUGCUCAAGGACCUGGUGCUCACCGGCUUCGCCAGCAUCGACGUGAUUGAUCUGGAUACCAUUGAUGUCAGUAAUCUCAAUAGGCAAUUCUUGUUUCAAAAGAAGCAUGUUGGAAGAUCAAAAGCUCAGGUUGCCAAGGAAAGUGUGUUACAGUUUCAUCCAGAAGCUAAUAUUACAGCUUACCAUGACAGCAUUAUGAACCCUGAUUAUAAUGUGGAAUUUUUUCGGCAGUUUACCCUAGUUAUGAAUGCGUUGGAUAAUAGAGCUGCCCGUAACCAUGUGAACAGGAUGUGUCUAGCUGCUGAUGUCCCCCUUAUCGAGAGUGGAACUGCAGGCUAUCUUGGACAAGUAACUGUUAUCAAAAAGGGAGUGACAGAGUGUUAUGAAUGUCAACCUAAGCCAACCCAGAAAACCUUUCCAGGAUGUACCAUUCGCAACACACCUUCUGAACCCAUCCACUGCAUUGUGUGGGCAAAGUAUUUGUUCAAUCAAUUGUUUGGAGAAGAAGAUGCCGAUCAAGAAGUGUCUCCUGACAGAGCUGAUCCUGAAGCAGCUUGGGAGCCAGCAGAAGCAGAAGCCCGAGCAAGAGCCUCCAAUGAAGAUGGUGACAUUAAACGUGUUUCAACCAAGCAGUGGGCUAAAUCCACGGGAUACGAUUCAGUUAAACUCUUCACUAAGCUUUUCAAAGAUGACAUUAGGUAUCUGCUAACAAUGGAUAAACUCUGGAGGAAAAGGAAACCUCCAAUGCCCCUGGACUGGAAUGAAAUACAAAAUCAGGAGAACAGCACAUCUGAUCCACAGAAUGAGUCUUCCUUGGGCCUAAAAGACCAACAGGUUCUAGAUGUCAAGAGCUGUGCGCGCCUGUUUUCUAAGAGCGUAGAGACCCUGAGAACUCAGCUGGCAGAAAAAGGUGAUGGAGCUGAGCUUAUAUGGGAUAAGGAUGACCCUUCUGCGAUGGACUUUGUCACUUCUGCUGCAAAUCUCAGGAUGCAUAUCUUUAGUAUGAAUAUGAAGAGCAGAUUUGAUAUCAAAUCAAUGGCAGGAAACAUCAUCCCAGCUAUAGCUACCACUAAUGCCAUAAUAGCUGGUCUGAUAGUGCUGGAAGGUUUAAAGAUCCUCUCAGGGAAAAUUGAGCAGUGCAGAGCAAUCUUCCUUAAUAAACAACCAAACCCAAGGAAGAAGCUCCUUGUCCCUUGUGCUUUGGACCACCCAAACCCUAACUGUUACGUGUGUGCAAGUAAGCCAGAGGUAACUGUGAAACUGAACGUUCACAAAGUCACCGUUUUGACACUGCAGGAUAAGAUAGUGAAAGAAAAAUUUAAUAUGGUAGCACCAGAUGUCCAGAUAGAAGACGGAAAGGGGACUAUUCUCAUCUCUUCCGAAGAAGGAGAAACUGAAGCAAAUAACCACAGGAAGUUAUCGGAAUUUGGGAUCCGAAAUGGCACUCGGCUGCAAGCGGAUGACUUUCUGCAGGAUUAUACCCUGCUGAUCAAUGUGCUGCACAGUGAAGAGCUUGAGAAAGAUGUGGAGUUUGAAGUUGUUGGUGAUGAAGUUGUCGGUCCCAAACCAUCAGAGCAGCCCACUAAGAAUAUCACCAACGGGAGUGAUGAUGGGGCCCAGCCAUCAACAUCCACAGCAUUACAGUGCCCUGCAGCGACUGUUCCUUUUCCAGCUCAAAAUGAAGAUGAUGACGAUGAUGAAGAUGUGCUGAUUGUUGAGACCGAGGAAGGUUCUUCCAGCAGCGCUGAUGACACAGAAAGUAAAAGCCGCAAGAGAAAGCUAGAUGAGAAGGAACACGCUGGCACCAAAAGACUGCGCUCGGAGCUGCCAGCCGAAGAGCAAGACGAUGUGAUAGCGCUCGACUGAGUGCUGGAAUGUUCCAAUCGCUGGGAUGCGCCAAGAGGGAGGGAGGGCAGUUGGGGUGUGUGAGAUGUCCAGAACUAGCCUUUGCCCCAGGAGGGGAGCGCGGCCUCUGACUUGCAAGGCCUUUGCCAUUCUCGUUCUGUAGGAUUUAGAACUUCUCCAUAAGCUGUACAAAGUAUAGGUGAUGUCUAGCUUAUAAACACUUUUAAACGGUCCUGAAAGCGAAGCAUGUCCUUUGUUGAUAGUGACUGAAUGAUGAAUCAGCAUGGGAAAAUAAGGAAACUCCAUUUUAGUGAAGUGGCUUUAUUGCUUGAGAGCUUCUGAGAAGUUUUGAAUUCUCGCUAGAAGAUGUAAUCGCCCAGCCUAGUUCUCGCCAUUUUUCACACCCACAAAGUAAAAAUUUGAAAGCGUGUGUGUUGUGUUCAUCAACCAGCACAAUGUACAUUACUGUAAAGCCAUGUUAAUUUGCUCUCUUGUCGGCUCAUACUGCCUGAUGUCGGUGUCAGAAACAAGAUUUUGAUGUGCUGUUACACUUUCAGGUUAUUUAUAGGGAUGUUUUGUAAAACUUAAAUGCUACUCUACCGUUCACCUGAUGGACCAAAUAACGUACGAACUACUUGCUUCAUCUGUUUUCACAGCCCACCUGUGUGCUAAUUUGAGGAUUUGUAAAGUAUAUACAGUCUUCAUACUUAAUACUGUACUUAUUUUGGUUUUAAGCAUAGUUCGGGACUUUUGAAAACAUCCUUUGUUGAAAUUGAAAAGGGAGGAUUUUUUAAUAAAACAUUUUGUCACUGA